AUGACGGAGUUUUCGAGUAAAUGGAGUGAGCUAUCGAAUCAGUUGAAGGAGUUAGACGGUGUAUUUGGCUCACCUACAGCACACGCCAAUUCACCGACGACAAGCUACCUAAAUGAAUCUGAAAUGGAUAUAUUUGGCUCAUUCCCUCUUUCAUCCAUCAACGAUGAUGAUGAUGCGCUUAAAGUGGUUAAUUGCACUGAAUGUGCGAGACCAGUCCAGAAGUCUGCGUUACAAGUACAUUUGAUUAACUGUGCUCAAAUGAAACAAAUAUCGCAGCAAAACACAGCUAUAAACACAACUACGAAGAGAUCUAAAAUUAAGAAGGAAGAUACACCAACUCGGACACCUACACCUUCUGCAGAGAGCACACACAGCACAAACAACAGAAAGAGAAGACUGAGUGAUGUCUCACAGCAAUCCACAACUUUGUCCGCAUCCCCUCAAAAGAAGAGUCGCAAAUUAGACGUCGAUAAGCCGAAGAAUAAGGCAGCCAACAACAAAGACAAAGAGAAGGACAAGGAGAAAGAGAAAGGCAAGAAGGACAAGGAUGAGGGGCCAAUAGACUUAGACAGUCAAUGUGGCGUGAUCAACGCCAAAGGUACGCCUUGUUCACGUAGCUUGACUUGCAAAACCCACCCUAUGGGCGCUAAAAGGGCGGUUGAGGGGCGUACUAAGCCAUAUGACGUGCUUACGUAUGAGUUUGAACUAAAGCGUAAACCUGAAUUGGCUGAGAAGCCAUUACCCAAGGCUGUCACGCAGUUUGAGGCGGAUAGGGCGGCGAAUGGGAGGAAGAAAACUGGACAAUCGGAGCACACAGCGCAAACAACCACGUCCGCUCACGCUCCUAUUACGCCCACAAUCACACCUCGCUUACAACCACCUCACCCACCACCUAUGCCUCCCAAACCAACAAUAGUGGAGAAGCCAGUUGGCGUUACAUCGUGGGAUGAUUUCAGCAAAUAUGAUGAACCGUUGCUGCCCGCUUCAGGAAUUGAGCUCGAGUUGGAAGUCACCAAGAUACGCGCUGCCACGACUAGCCACCGCGCGCGUCCACUCGCAGCACCUGCUAAUAGAAUGGCGGGACUGCAAAAGAGGCAUAAGAAUGACGAUGGAGAGGAAUUGAGGCCGCAGAAGCGUAAAAGGGAGGGAAUGCUAGAAAGAUCGCUUUCUAAUUUGCAGUUGGAGAAUGUUGGAGAGAAUGAGAACAAGGAUAUUGAAAUGACAAAAUCCGGGAGCUAUGAGGCGGAUAAGAAUAGAAUAGUAGUCUACGAUAUUGAUGAAUAUCAAAGUGACAAUGAGGGCGUGGGUGAUGAUAAUCAUGCUGAUAAUCAACCCAAAUACAAGCUACCGAAGCUUUUAUCCAAUACUCACGAUAUUAUGUACAAAAGCAUGUGGCAGCAGAGAAAACAAGGGGAAGGAGAGAAGCAACUUGUUUUGUAUAAGCCAUUGCACAUACCCACGCAAGGCACGCAAGAGACGCAAGGGACUGCGACUGAUACAGAUGCAGUGGCCAUGGAACAAUGA